AAUUAUGGCAAAUAUCUUUACACAAUUAUAUUGUGUUGUUGUAAUAUGGCACUGGGUCUAUCGGUUGCCAUAUUUGGGCCGGUUAUGUUGGAUUUAAGAUAUCUAUUAAAUGUUUCAAUUGAGAUGAUAUCGUUAUGUAUGACAUUUACAUUUAUCGGUUAUAUGAUGGGAACUUUAUCUGGUUUACUCUACAAUUAUUUGAAUCGUCAGCUAACAAUUUCAAUACUAUUCAUAUUGACUGGUCUAUCAUCGGCUGCAAUACCGGUAUCGCCUAACCUAUACAUAGUUUAUCUAUGCUUCUGGAUGUGUGGUGUUAGUGGCGGUGUUUGGAACAGUACUAUAAAUGUCUGGAUCAUCGAAAUGUGGACCAACCGGAGUGCAUCAGUAUUGCAGUUCAUACAGUUUGGCUACGGAUUUGGUACUAUUUUGUCGCCACUUAUUUUGCGACCGUUUCUACGUGGAGGACAGGGAGGACAUGGAGGUGGUGGUGGUGUUGGACUAGUAGUGAAUGAGACUAUGAAUGUAACAAAUUUUACAGUUUAUAGUAAUUUAACAGAUAUUACCGAUAAUAGCGAUAAUGAUAGAGUUGGCAAUCUAUGGAAACCGUUUGUUAUUAUUGGUUGCAUUCAACUAAUUUCACCGAUAGCAUUGCUGAUCAUGUUUUUGGUAAAACGUUACGAAAGUCCCCUAACAGUGGCCACAAAAUCUCAUAACAAGUCCGAUCGGCCGAUCGACAGCAGCACAGUUAGCUGUAAUACUACCACUACUACUACUACUACUGAUGUCAAACUGUUUGACUUAGAGGCCGCUCCGCGACGUUUGGCAAUACUACUAUUGUCGCUACUAUUGGCCGCCUAUACACUGAUCGAGUUUACCCUGUUUGAUUUUGGUGCAACCUAUCUACAGUACACCCAGGCUGGUAUUACGGCACCGGUAGCCGCCCAAAUAAUGUCCACUGUAUCGCUGGCCUAUACCAUUGGACGAGCCGCCAGUGUACUGGUAUCGUUAAAACUGAUGCCCCAGUAUAUGAUUGUCGGUCACAUUAGCUUACUAUACCUGUCACUCGGAGUCAUACAAAUGUACGGCCAGUACAGCCAACCAGUACUGUGGACAGCAUUUGUCUGUCUCGGCUAUGGACUAUCGGCACUGUUUCCGGCAAUGUUUGCCUAUUUUGAACAAUACAUACAAAUAACUAAUCCAAUGGGUACCAGUGCUGCACUGAUGUGCGGUUUGGCUAAUCUAUUUAAUCCUUAUAUAUUAGGUCUACUUAUUGAACGGCACUCGUAUGUUGUUAUACUAUUUGAAGUGUUUUAUGUGACUCUAUACUAUGAUAUUCAGGGCUAUUGUUUAGAAAUGUUUGUAAAAUAUUUGGAUUUGUAUCGACCCGACAGUCCCGACAGUUGGCCACAUCUGUGA